AUGGCCGAAGUAUUGUCCGUAAUAGAGGUUGCUCUCUGCAUCACAGAAGUUGUUGAACGCCUCUGUACUUUUAUUUCCACGGUCAAGUCUGCCAAAGAUGACAUUCGCAAGCUUACCCAGGAGCUCCUCGCCCUCAAGGGGGCUCUGGAGCACUUCGACGUUCAGACCCAAAAGGGCAUGUUUACCCCGUUACAAGGUCAGGUCCAGUCCAUGCUUGGGAUGACCCAGGAAACCCUGGAUGCCAUUCGAAAGAAAUUAGGAACCCCUAAAGAUUCCAAAAUGGGACGUGCUGUUCAAAGUCUGGCUUGGCCCUUUCGGACUGGUGAUGUCGAAAAGUACCUUGCAACCGUCGAAAGAGCAAAGACUUGGUUCAUCAUGGUUUUGAUGCGAGACUCGCUCGACACUACUGCGUCUGUCUUUUCCGAAAUGCAGAAGCUGACCACCAUGGUACAUGAGGACAUCAUUUCCCGGAAGACGGAUCGCAUGCUUAGCGAGACAGCUGAACUCCUUAAAUGGUUGUCUCCUGUCGACAGCAAGAGCAAGCUUCUUGACUCUGUGGCUGACCGAUUACCGGGAAGUGGGCAAUGGAUCCAUGCCGGCCGGUUCUCGGUUUGGGAAAGCGGUAGGCCGACCGAAUGGCCUGUGUUUUGGAUAACUGGCCGGUCGGGUUCGGGGAAAACGGUACUUUUCUCAAAUCUAGUCGAGAGACUACAAGCGCAGAUCAGGCCAGAUAAUUCAGAAAAAGUCAGCAAGGCUGGUCUAGGUUUCCACUGUUGCUCUCUGGAUGAUGCCGCAUCCCAAGCGGUGCCCAACGUUUUCGGUUCCAUCCUGGCUCAGAUGGGGUCAGUGAGGCCCGAAAUCCUUCACUUUGUUCGGCCACUCAGACAGUCAGGCAACAGCCUGAUACCACAGAACAAUCUGUCCGUUGAUCAGAUCCACGACGUUAUGGACCAGGCUCUUGAGCUGUUUGACGUCUUUUACCUUAUGAUUGAUGCCUUAAAUGAGACCAGUCAAGAGGCCUUGAUUGUUGAUGCUUUACUAGCACUCUGCGAGAAACAUGGAAAUCUCCGUGUAUUGGUGACUUGCACGCGCGAACCAGCUAAAUUUCACCCCAGAAUCUAUGUUCGCCAAAUGAUAAGUGAGUCCAUUGAUAUGGACAUUGACAUGUAUGUUCAACAUAGGCUAUCUACUGAACACAGCUUUCAAUCCCUGGGCGCCAAAGUCAGAGAGGAAAUCAGGAAGAAGAUUGUAACAGACGCUCACGGGACGUUUCGGUGGGCCAAACUUUGCAUGGAUAGGCUCAGUACACUUCGCACAGGACGGGACGUACGGCGGGUUCUCAGCGACAUCCCAUCUACUCUUAACGAAACCUACGCCGGCAUUCUUAACAGGAUUCCAAAACAAGAUAAGCCACUCGCACGCGAAGCCCUCACGUGGUUAUGCUUCUCCCUUCGGCCCCUUACCAUCAGUGAACUUGCCGAGGCAGUUAUUAUCGAGGAAGAUGACACCGACAUCGAUUGCGACUGUCGACUGAAUGAUCCUUCCGUUAUUCCUGAAAUAUGUCAGGGCAUGGUUCACGUUAAUAAUCACGUUGUUACUCUUGCUCACGAUUCUAUACGGACAUUUCUCCAAUCCGACUGGAUUAGAGCCUCGAACGCUGCGGACUUUGCACUUGACGCCGGCGAAGCUCACCGUAGAAUCAUGCGCAAAUGCCUCACCUACCUCAACCUUGAUCCCUUUGUCUUGGGCCCAGCUGAUCUGCUGUGGCACGUUGGUGAGCGCUUCGCUAGAUAUCCGUUGCUCGACUACGUCUCAUCAAUGUGGCCCAUUCACAUGGAGCGGUUCUCUCUCGAGGAUUCUGACGAGCGUCUCGUUUUGGACUUUUUCGAAACGAAAAAGCUUGACAGUGGCGGACAAUUUGAGGCAUGGGUGCAGUUUCUAUUGCGCUCGCCUGAUCUUGACGCCAUCCACAGCACAGAGCCCUUAUACUACGCUGCAUCCUUCAACAUGACGUCUAUUCUCAAACUGAUCCUAAAACAAGAGGAUAGGGUCGAUGUCGACAAGAGAGGUGGAAGGUACUCCUCCCCACCACUUUUUGUAGCUAUCUGGAGACGCAAUGUCGAGGCUGCUAAGUUACUGAUUGAAGCGGGCGCCGACCCACAUGCCCUUGAUUUGAGCGGUCAAACUAGUCGCCAAUUAGCAAUAUCAAGAAGCAUGCCUGAUCUCAUACACUUGAUGGACAAGAUGUCACCGAGCGAAUCAUAA